AUUGGUGAUUUGCUUGUUCCAGUAAUGGAUUAAAGAAGCCUUUGCACUAAAUGGUUUUGCGCCACCGAUGAACUGGUGGAGCUCUGGCUAGUUCCCGCAACUGAAACAUGCAUUGAGAAAAGUAAAAGAUGAGUAAGAUAGUUAAACAGAAAGUGGGAAUGGGUACUGGGUAAUGAUGGGUUUGUUUGCUUACAUUCAAAGAUGAGAGAAAGAAGUGAUGAUGAAAAAGAAGAAGAACAUAGGAAGACCCAUAAGCGUGGGCUGUUUCUGCAUUUCUUGUUUUCUAGCUUUCUGUGGGUUUGAUUUGCAGAGAAGGAAAGGGAGAGAACGGAGAGAUCUGAAAAUCUAUUUCUUGAUCUCCAUUAAUUUCUUGUUUUCUUCCUCCUCAUUUAUAAUUGUUCAAUCCAUCUAACUACCACCAGUAGUGAUCAUAACUCCUAUUUAAAGUUCCAUCUCAUCACAGCCUAGCAUCAGUGAUCCCCUUAAAUGCAUCUCUCUCCAUCCUUCUCUGUUUUUGGUUGCAGAAAUGAAAACCUGUUGAAACGAAGACAAAAUUUUGUUGGAUUUCCGAAAAACCAACAAAAUCUCAAAAAAACCACCAGACACCAUUGAAGACAAAAUUUUGUUGGAUUUCUGUUUUUGGUUGCAGAAACGAAAACCUGUUGAAAUCCCUAGAUAUGAGCAUCCACAAAAUUUCUUUGUGGAUGGAAUUUAGGGUGGUAUUUUUGAAGUGUAUUCCUCAUCUCCGUAAGUCUUGGUUUACCAUUAUCUGCCUAUACCCGCUUCUUCUUCCCCAUUUCUAUUCCUAAUUGCAGUGGCAGCGGGCGAGAGUGCUGUCUCCGUUCCCAAAAGGUAGUGAGUAUAGACUGCCUCCCUUCUUCUUCUGUCUCUGUUCCCAGUUGAUAGCAGCGGCAGUCGGCGAGUCCCUUCUCUAUAAGUGUAUUCCUCAUCUCUAGCGAGUAUCUGUUCCUUGACCAGAACAAAGAAUAAACGAAGAAGGAAGAAGAGGAAGGGAGAAAUAACAAGUUCACCCUUGAAGGGUAAAUUUGUCAUUGAAAAAAAUAACAACAGUGACACAUCAUCACUUAAUUUUUGUGAGCUAACGGAAUGGAUUUAAGAGUCAUUAUUUUUUCAAAAUAGGGUAUAUACUUGAUAUUUUUGGGAAUUUAGGGUGGUAUCUCAUAUAAGAUUUGAAAACAGGGAUGGUACAAGAUAAUUUUCCUUUAUCUUAUUAUCCACAUGAUCUAUUAAGUUCUACUUUUUGGUAGGAGAAUUAUUUCUCUAUGUUAAGUACGUAUAGCUGAUACUAGUACUAAAAUAAUACAAAUCAAUUAUUUCAAUGAACAUGACUGUAUACUGGUCUAUAUCUUUCUCCUCCUCUACUCACUUUCCCGUAAAAGUUGACAGUUAGACCUAUUUCAUUUAGUUCUAUAUGAUAAACUUUUCAGAUGUUUCAGCAUUUUGAAGUCAGUCUGGUAAUCCCUAUCGAUGUCCAAAACUAAGGGCCCGUUUGAUUUUGUUUUUGCUGCUUCUUGUCUAGAAACAGCAGAAACAGUUUUUUCUGUUUCUGUGCUAAGAAACGAUUUUUGGAAUUGCAAAAAGGUGUUUGAUUUUUCUGUUUCCCGAAACGUUUUCAAUAGUGUAGUCCGGUUCAAGACACGAGUGAAGGCACGGCGUUGGAGUUGCAGGUAUGCUUCGUGGAGAUGAGCUUCAGAAGGAUGAAGGCAGUCCUGAAUUGUGAGCUUCGCACAACCAGGGGGUUGAUAGAAGUUGCAGCGGCCAGGGUGGUUGGUGGCCUUCCCAUCUGCUGUGAGCUGCCAUUGCUCCCAAUCUCGUCUCCAUUCCCACCUCUCCCGUCACUGCACCCACCUGCUGAGGAGCUUUAAAAUCUGCAGUUGAGAGGGGCAGGGAAUGGGGAGGGAGGAUAUGGUGGGAGAGGCCAGCCAGAGAGGACACAGUGGGGAUUUUGUACAAUGAUUCCUUAAAACAUAUUUGGGAAUCCAAAAAUUCCGGUACUACUUCAAAUGCACCAAGUGCUCUGCUGAACUGACGAUGAAGACUGAUCCACAAAAUUCAGAUUAUGUUGUUGAGGCAGGUGCAACUCGCAAUUUUGAGCCUUGGCGUGCAGAGGAUGAGGAAGUUGAAAAAGAGAAGAGGAAACGGGAUGAAGAAGAGAUGGGAGAUAAAAUGAAAUCCUUGGAGAACAGAAUGUUGGAUUCAAAAAGAGAGAUGGAUAUUCUUGCAGCACUGGAUGAAAUGAAGUCAAUGAAGUCUAGACAUGCAAGCGUGAGUGUAGAUGCGAUGCUUGAGGCCUUGCAGCGCACAACCGAGGAAAAGGGAUCAAAGAACUAUGUUAGAAGGAUUUAUGAUGAUGAUGAAAAUGGCGACGAAGAUGAUGAUUUAAAUCAGCUUUCUACUGAUGGUGGCACGUCAUCAAUUGCUGGUUCCAAGAAAUUGUUGAUGAUUCUGAGGCUCCUAAAAAAGACAAAUCCGUCUUCAAAACUAAUUUUGUCAGAAUUUCUGUUGUGAAGAAACCUUUUCCACCUUCUACUGAAAGCAAUCAAGGGGAAGAGAAGAACAAGAAAGAAGAGGAGCUGAAAGCCACUGAUACAUGCCCUGUACUUCAGUCCUUGUAUCAAGACUAUGGAAGUGAUGAAAGUGAGUAGCACUUUUUGUAAUUUGCCUCAUUAAUUUUUUAAGGAUCAUCAUUUUCUUUUGUGA